CAAAUCUUCAGGAACCUGAACAUCUACACCUCCUUAAUAUCAAUGGAUAACCGCCGCCAAAUAUCGAGUAAUUUAAUCAGCGCCAGGGAGUCGCUGGCUGCUGGCAGCGACCAUAGAUAAGCAGUGACCUAAAGCGCUGCUAAAUCUACCGGCGACUUUAAGGUCGCUGUCACCGUUAUCCCGGCGACUUGCAAGUCGCUGCUAAGAUCAUCUCUAAUUUUGUACUUUAUAACAGCUCAUUUACUCAGUUAAAUUUGCUUACAAGAAACAAAACCUACAAACAAGUCUUACUAGAUUCAUUAUUGUCAACGUUGCAGACUAACACAGAAAUGUCACUUGCUGAUCAGUCUGACGCAUUGGACUGACGACGUUUUUGCUGUUUGAGGUUAGGUUGGGGCUGUUUGUUUAUUUUUUUCUUACAUCAUCUCUGACAUCACACAUAUUUUGGAAAAUCAGGCUAUUUAAAAAAUAUAAUAAAAAAUGCCAUCUUCCAAAACAAUAGGCCAGCGACUGUUUGAUUUAUUCAAAAUCGUAUUAUGCAGUUUUGGUGUAGUUACGACUUUUUAUAUGGUCAUUGAGUUGACAUACUUUUUGUCAGUGCCAGAUUAUGAGAAAUUAGAAAGAAAAUCAAGAGAUCGUUGGUUAAAGACCUCAUGGGCUCUAUUGACUAAUACUGCUCUUGUAAGCUUGUUUAUUUUACAACACUCAUUACUGGCAUCCCUAAAGAUUAAAGAUGCAUUUGAGGUCUAUGGAAUGAAGAUGAUUUAUCGAAGUUUGUAUGUCAUCACAACUGCAGGAAUAUUAUUGUUUUUGAUGAGACAUUGGCAAACUACCCCAGAUACAAUACUCUGGCAGCUAAACUUGCAUUACAAGCCUUUAUGGUGGGUCUAUGCUGGUAUCCAUUUUCUUUCCUGGGUAAUCAUUUAUAUUGGAAAUAUAUGCACUGAUGUUACUGAACUACUUGGUAUUAAGCAGAGGUAUAUCAGUGUUUUUAACUUACCUGAUCCAAAUUUGAGGAAAUCUGCACAGCUGAAAAGGCUCACUUCUCAUAUGAGACAUCCUAGUUUUUUAGCAUUUUUACUAAUUUUUUGGCUCUACCCAGUGAUGAGCCUCGAUCGACUUUUGUUGGCAAAUAUCUUGACAAUGUACAUGUACAUCGCAUGGAAUACAGAUGAAAGAGACUACAAUUAUCACAAGUAUCAAUAUGAAAGGAAGCACUUUGAGUUAGAAAGUUUACAUGGAUAUUAAAUUAGUAAUUUGCAUCAAAUGUUGGGUUAUUACUUUUGACAUGGCAUUUAUUAGGUUUUUUAUUCUUUAUAUUGACUAACAUAGUGUUAUGAGGAAAUGUAAAAGGCACAUGGGCAGAAACUGAGACAUAUAAAUGUAGUUAUUGUGAGGAAAUUGAGAAAAUUAUUAUAUAAGUGCUUCAUUUGUAGUUGGUAAUUACAUUGAAAAAUUGUAUUACCAUCCUCUGCGUGAUAUAUGCUGAAAAUUUAUUUUUCUCAUAUUUUCUAUUGAAAAAACUCGCAUUUACAUGAAUGGAGUAAUUUCAUCAGUGGUUGGUAAAUACAUUGAAAAAUUGUAUUGCCUUCCCUCUAAGUGCUUUAAAUUUGUUUUUCUCACAUUUUCUAUUGAAAAAAUCUCAUUUACAUAAAUGGAGUAAUUUCAUUUGUGUUUGGUAAAUACAUUGAAAAAUUGUAUUGCCGUUCUCUAAGUGGUAUAAGUUGAAAAUUUAUUUUUCUCACAUUUUCUGUUGAAAAAAUUACAUUUACAUGAAUGAAGUAAGAUAUACAGACAUUUGUUUUUACGCAAACAUAAGUAUAUCCUACAUUUUUGUGAUUACACCUGUAGUAUUCUAUAUAGGUCUCACCUUUAUAUAUUUGAUAUGUGAAAGAACGAUUUAUGUACUGUGUAUAUAUGUAUGUUAUUUCAUAAUUAAAACGACUGUGUAAAAUUUAUAAAUGUUUAUUUUUAUUUGCGAAUUAACAAAGUAUAAACUAAAAUAAAAUUUUACAUGUUAUAUCACAGCUAAUUCUAUUUUAUAACGAUAAAUAAUCUAAUAUACUCG